AUGCAGUUGUGGAGCAGACCUACGCUUUCCUGCGCGAAAGUCUUGGAUUGGGUCCACCGGGCACCGGGAAGCCCAAGCCCCGACGAGUCGACAAGAAGAAGCAGAAGGAGGAAGAGCGAAGAGCCAAAGAGCAAGCUGAGCGCGAAGCCCGCGAGCGCGAGGAGAAGGAACGGGAGGAGGCUGCUGAAAAAGACAAGGCGGCCAGGAAAGAGAGACAACUCGCCAAAGAAAAAGCCCGGGCUGAGCGCCUAG